GAAGCUUUGAACGAUAUUUCAUCAACGUUUUAUUUAUUUCGAUGAUUUUGUACAUUAUUGCUUUACAGUGUCGAUAUUGACAUAGAAAAGAGAUGUCAGAAAUACUUGGUAUGCUAGUGCUAAUUAUUAAUGCUUCGCAUUUGCAAUAUUUAAAACCGGUUAAACUUGGGCAUGUUGAUACAUGAAAUCAUGGUGAAUGAACACUCAGUUACACUGUCGGUCACUGAACAGAUUAGACCAGCAUCAAUAUUAAUUAGACAGCAUGGUUAAAGAUACGGGUGGCAGUGUUUCUCUUACUCAUACUCCGCUGAAGCUGGAUCUGUACAACUUUGAGGAACCCCAGUAUGAAGGCAGCAAGUUCGUACUGACGAGUCCGCGGUCACUUGAAGCAUGUUCACGGCUGGGAAUAAAGCCUGUGGAUCUCUUGUACAAACCUUUGGCAGAGUUUCAGGAGGAAUUGCUGCCUCAAGAUGUUCCUCUGAGAACCAUCUAUAACAUUUACGAUGAGCAAGAACAAACCAGACUGAGAAAUUUGCAGCUGUGCAGGGAAGAAAGAAACAAUCUCAUUGAUAAGGAACUCUCUAAACAACAUGGCCACAGUAAUAAACCUAGUGUCGUGAUCAGUAAGGUUUUGUUAGAUAAUGAAAUGGACCAAGGCAGCAUGCAGAGAAGGCGGACAGCAUGGUCAACAUCAGUGGGACACCAGCGCCUCACUAACGAUGAAAUCAAUCAGAGAGCUAAAGAAUUGCAUGAAGAAAGUUUAAAACUCAAGAGAGAACUACUUUCACGCAAAGAAGAAAGACUGACGAAGGGUGCUGGAAAGAAGACGUCAAAAGACUUUUCUGGUGCUGGUCGAUCUUGUCCCAUAGCCUUCAGAAGUCCAACAUCAGCACCAUCUAUGAAAGUCAGAGCUACAGGCCACGAACAGAGAAGACCUGUUUCUUCACAAACUAGAAUGUUUCAAAGACCAAGCAAAGAAGACAAAAGAUCAGUUUCGUCACAAAGCAGGAUCUCGGUGGCAUCACGCCAAGAGCAGAAAGGACCUGUUAAGUCACGCACUAGAACUUUGUUGACCUCAAAUGGGGAACAGAAAAAUCCUCUUUCAUCAAGAACAAGAACAUUACUGACAGAUGAAGAACAAAAAAGACCGUGUUCGUCACGUACCAGAACUCUAGUGAUGUUGAGCGAUGAAGACCAGAAAAGACCCAUUUCAUCAAAGACCAGAACGGUUUUAGUGUCAAGACCUGGCAGUGCACCAGUCAUAAUGGGCAGUAAAUCUGUUACCGUCAAAACGAACAUGAGCAUACCAUCAAGGGAUAUGAAAAUAAUUCAGUUAAUGAAGGACAGGCGUCUUGAGGAAAUAGUUUCCAAAAGGAUAAGUCGUAACGCCCAUUUAGCCUGGGAUGAAGAACGCAGAAAAGAACAAGUGCUUAAGGACCAGUCUGAAAUGAGGCGGAGGCAGCUGUUAGCAGAAGAAAAUAGAAACUGGAACAGAGCUAAGCAAAACAGUGAUCUGGAGAAGAGACAAGAAGAAGAGGCAUUAAUGGAGUUAAAGGCACAAGCUAUCAAGAACAAGACAGACAAAUGGGAAACCUCGUUCUCCAAACAACUCAUGGUGAAGGAAAAUAAGCUUGCUGAUAAAAUAGAGAUGGAGAAUUUGAGAAAAUGUAUACAGGAAAGAAAUUUGCAGGGUGUAGAAAAAGACGAACAAGAGAUGAAUACACGCGUCUAUGAAAAGAUUUUACAAGACCUCAAGACAGCUGCAUUGAAAAAGGAAGUAAGACUUCAGAUAGAAAGCAUGAAAAAACAAAGAGCCAACAAGCAAGAGCGUGAAUCAUUUGAGCGAAGGAAGAAAUAUUAUGAACAGUUAAUGAGGAAAGAAGAAGAUAUGCUAAGGACAUCAGUGGAUUCGAAGCACAACAAAGCUGCUUCUAAAUUUGAACGCAUCUUGAACUCAAAGCUUAACAGCCUUUCACUUAUGCACCAACAGAGAGAGAAGAGACUACAGAAGGCGAGGUUAGCACAGAAAAGAAUGGAUGACCAGAUGGCCGCAUGGCGUGAAGGUUUACUGGAACAGAGGAGAAAGGCUGAAGAACACGCAGUGGAAACUGUGGUUAGAACCAAUGAGAUGAAAGCAGAGAGAGCCCAUAGAGAACGAGUUGAACGACAAAAGGAACACAAGGCAAACAUCAAGAAGGUUCAACAGGAGUUGAUGUUAUGGCAUAAGAAUCUGGAAAAAUCUGUCAACGCCAAAUUAAAGAAAGCCGACUUGAUGCAAGAAGAGAAAAAUAUAGCAGCCAUGCAGACUAGAGCCAUCGCACAAGAAAGCCAGCGACUGAGAGACGAGGUGCGGAACCGGUACAACACGGACACCUUUGACAAGAAGGCGUUACAGGCAGACUGCUACGCCAAAAUGGGUGGAGGAAUAUACUCAUCAACUAAAAAUCUGUCUUCCAUCAAGCUCGCAGAGUGAAGAUGACAAGAGAUGAUAACUGUGUCUCGAAUCAAGAAUCAUCUCCCCUUAUUAUACAUUGUAGCAUACAAAGUUAACAUUGUAUCAUACAGUUACUUUCAUCAUACAAAGUUAUACUUUGAUCAUACAGUUAUAUAUAUAUAUAUAUAUAUAUAUAUAUAUAUAUAUAUAAAUGUAUAUAUGUAUAUAUUUGGUAUUGAACAGUUAUGCAUUGUAUCAUACAGAAUUACUUUCAUCACACAAUCUAAUCAUCAUUCAGAUUGAUUAUGGCAUCAAACAUAAAUCAUGCUGAUGGUUCAACAUGAUCAUAUAGGGUUGUGACUUUUCAGGGAUUUUAAAAUCUGAUUUUAGCUUGUUUUGUAUAAAAUAAAAUUCAUAAAGUAGACUGGAUUGGAUCCAAAAUGUUGAAAACAAUUAUGUUUAAGUAUGAUAUAGAAUUUUCAACAUGAUUAUCACAUGCUUCAUAAUGAGUCAUCUGUGAAAGUCACAAGUGAAGUGUGCACAUUACUUUGGUUAAUAAUCCAUCAGGUUAGACAAACUCUGUUAUUGAUGUGUACAAAACUAGUGAUAAAGAAACAAUGUUUUGAGCCAGGAUUGGCUCCAGGUGGUGUCGACAGAAAGCGUAAUACUUUCCCGAAGGUUUGGAAUUGGUCCAACUCCUGAUUAGAUUAUUAAUUGUUUUAUAUGUCUUAGACCUCAUUACAUUAGUUUCUAGACGUAGUGUGUCCAUAAAAUAGCACUGACCAUGGGAAUCUGAGGUUCACCUUGUACAGACAUCUAUAUCAUUUUACCAAAUUACAAUACGUACACCAUUGUGGCUUAAAAUGAAAAUGCAGUCACAACGUAUUUAUUGGAUGAAUACUGAUAUUAUGUUGUGGGGUUGGAGAGGGGGGGUUGGUUUCUUUUUCUUUCUUUCUUUCUUUCGGUGUUAUUUUUUAAUUUAUUAGUCCAGUAAAUAUUCAACGUGGUUUUAGCUAAAUUCUUUAUUGGUGAAGUUAUGUUGGAAAACGAUCAAGUGCAUUUAUGGUGGUUUUGUUUUCAUUUCAGUUCUUGUGUCACUGAAUAAGUUAUUGUAUUUUCUAUUUGCCUCACAUUCAGAAUCAUUGUUAAAUGUACAUCCAUCAGUUCCAAUUGAUAAUGUAUCCACAAACCUACUUUUAACAUUUAUUUCUUACACACCAGUUGGUGAGAACAUCAUACGUUAAUUUUUAUAACACAUGUGUUGUUUAAACAUGUACGUGUGUUAACAAUUUCAAGACAUACGACUGGCUGCUCCUAGGUGAUGACCAAGUCACCAGUGCCAUACAUCCAAUAAAAAAGAACACCGUGGAAAUAGAUUGCACCAUGAUGUAUAGUUAACCUGACAAUUAUGUGUCUGUGACAUGUAAGUUAGCUACAAGUGCAACGGCUGUAAAUAACUUUUAGUCAAAAAAGAUGUUAAAAUCUGGUUUUGGGGGAUAUGUAAGAUUUGGGAUAAUACAUUCGCUUUCACUUGUUAGAUACAUUUUAAAACAGCUUGUUGUGAGAUAAAUGGUAUCUAACGGCCACUCAUGUAUUCUAUUUUAUUGUCAUACCAGUAAUAGAUAUUUUAUGCUAUAGUCUGUGAUAUUUUCAUCUACAUGUAUUAUAAUUAGUAAUUUAGUUACUUUUCACAAUGAAAAUAAAUGCUGUAGAAAUUUGAAA